AUGCUAAAUGUUGUCUCCUCCCAUGGGCUGCUCCUCUACCCCACCCCUGCCAAAGAUGGUCAUACCUUCAGUCUUGCCAUCACCCACAGAUGUAGCACCUUCAUCUUCAAGAAUUCUGAAAAACCCCCUUGUGCCCUCAUCCCUCUCCUGGAGAACCUAUUGGUUAUGGAUGUUCCCAAGGCUUCCAAGAUGGAAGGCUUAGGUCUGGGUUUGGGAAGUUUGCUGUUGGCAGGGAUGCUUUUCAUAGGCAUGUCCUGUGCCCUGGGAUCACUAGAUUACUCUUAUGAAAUAGUCAUCCCUAGGAAGUUAACAUUCAAGGACAGGGAAGACCCAGAAAGAAAAGUAUCCUACCUGCUAUACAUGAGAGGCAGGAGACUUGUGAUUCACCUGAAGCUGAAGAGAGGGUUGUUUGUCAAGAACUUCCCUGUCUACACUUACACCAAGGACACCUUAGACCUGAAUGUCCUUUUGAUCCAGGACGACUGCUAUUAUGAUGGAUACAUAGAAGGUGAGUGGCAGUCCCUGGUGUCCGUCAGCAUCUGUUCAGGGCUCCAGGGCAUCAUCAGUAUAGAGAAAUCAGUCUAUGUCAUUGAGCCCAUAGAAACCCUACAAGGGUUUGAGCAUCUCUUAUAUCCCAUGGAUGGGCUGCUCCAAAGCUCCUGCAGAGUGACCUCAGAAGAAGGCCAACGAUUCAGAAGCAGCAUGCAGGAACAGAGAACAGAAGAGAAAGAGACACUUGACAGGGAGGCCUUGAACUACAUCUGGUCCCACCCCAAGUACGUGGAGAUGUUUGUCGUGGUGGACAAUAGGCGAUUCCACAUGUGGAAUGGCAACGUGACCAAGACGGUGCAGAUGGUGAUGGACGCCCUUGCCCACGUCAACACCUACAGCCAGGCCAUCCGCGUCAAGGUGGUCCUCAUCGGCUUGGAGAUCUGGACAGAGAGGGACCAGGUGAGGAUCCCUGAGGACUUGCGGGAAGUCCUGCACAAUUUCAACCACUGGAGAGAACGGGAGCUGCUCAGCCGGGCCAAGCACGAUGUUGCCCAUCUCAUAGUGGGACACCAUCCAGGAGAGUACCUGGGGGAAGCCUUUCUGAACGGGGCGUGCGUGUCUGGGCUUGCAGCAGGAGUCGAAUCUUUCUAUCAUGAAGACCCCCCUCUCUUUGCCGUGCUCAUGGUGCAUGAGCUGGGCCAUAACCUGGGCAUGAAGCACGACCACGUGGCCUGCAUCUGCCCUGACCAGCCCUCCUGCAUCAUGCUCGGAACUGUCAGCCUUGAGAGUCGUUUCAGCAACUGCAGCUUGGAGGCUUUCUAUGAAUUCCUGCGACACCAGCAAGGCUCCUGCCUCUAUGACAAGCCCGCGGCCGCGGGCGUGGCGAGGGGGCCCUUCUGCGGGGACCACGUGGUGGACAGAGGGGAGGAGUGCGACUGUGGCAGCGUCGGGGACUGCAUGAAGGACCGCUGCUGCUUGCCCUCCUGCCGGCUGAGGCGGGGCUCUGCCUGUGCCUCUGGGCCCUGCUGCAGCAAGUGCAAGUUUCUGAAGGCAGCCACGCCCUGCCGUCCCAGCGUGGACGAGUGUGACCUCCCCGAGUACUGUAAUGGCAGCUCCCCGUGGUGCCAGCCCGACACCUACAAGCAGGAUGGCAGCCCGUGCAGGGGCGGUGGUUACUGCUACCAGGGGCGGUGCAGGAGCCUGGAGAGCCAGUGCGUGCAGGUGUUUGGGGAGGGCUCCCGGGCUGCCCGGCAAAGCUGUUACCACCACUUGAACACGCAGGGGGACAGGUUUGGCAACUGUGGCAGUGGCCAGGAAGGGUUACGCAAGGCCUUUGUCAAGUGUGCGCCCGAGCAUGUCAUGUGUGGGAGGCUGCUGUGUGAAGGCAUUGCCAGGUUGCCCCUGAUGAGGAACCACCACACGCUCAUCCAGAUCCCCCUGGAGGACACGUGGUGCUGGGGGGUGGACCUCUUUGAGGACGUGGACCUUCCUGAUGGAGGGGCCGUCAAGGCAGGCACCUUGUGUGGCCCCCAGAAGAUCUGUCUCAACCGCACGUGCUCUGAUGUGCAGGUGCUGCAAUAUGAUUGUGAACCAGAGACCCGGUGUCAUGGCCGAGGGGUCUGCAACAACCUCAAGCAUUGUCACUGCGAUGAUGGCUAUGCCCCUCCCACGUGUGCUUCGGAGGGCUUUGGGGGCAGUGUGGACAGUGGCCCCCCUCCAGCCGUCAGUACUUCCCUGGAGGUCAGAGCCCCUUCCAACGACAUCCGAGCAUUUUCUUUUGAGAGCAGAGUCCCUUUUCUUGAGGAGGCUGCCGUACCUGCUCAAAAAGACCCCCUUCUAACUCCUUUAGAGCCCCCCACUACUGAAGAGCCCUCCACUCCAGACUCCACCCCUCUCCCUUCCUCACCCAUCACCUGUCCUCCCAUGGAUCUGAAGUCUGAAGAAGAAAACACAACAGACAACCACCUCAAUUGUCAGUGUCCUGUGGCCGUCAAAGAGGAUGUGAAGUGCCCGUGUCCUCUGAAUGAAGGGGCACAUCAGGGUACCAGGGGCAGGCUCAGCCCAUUGAAGAGGAAGUGUGGGUGCCCAGGAGACACGCUGAAGUCACCAUCAGAUUAG